AUGGCCGGGCGCCUUGCAAACGCUCUGCGCGCCGUCUGCGGCUGCGCGGGAGAUUCGAAUUGGCGACGGCUCCCCGCUCGCGACGCAAGUUGGGGUGCUGCGGGCCCGCGUCCUCUCGCCAUGGAUAACGCGGAAAAUGUCUUUCAAAUGUUUGAAGCCCACAUGCGAAGCUACAGGGGUGAUGACCCACUUGGUGAAUGGGAAAGCUACAUGCAGUGGGUAGAAGAGAAUUUUCCUGAGAAUAAAGAAUACUUGACAACUUUAUUAGAACAUUUAAUGAAGGCAUUUUUAAAUGAUAAGAGAUACCACAAUGACCCAAGAUUCAUCAAUUAUUGUUUAAAAUUUGCUGAGUACAACAGUGAUCUUCAUCAGUUUUUUGAGUUUCUGUACAACCAUGGAAUUGGAACACUGUCAUCUCUUCUGUAUGUAUCCUGGGCGAGUCAUCUGGAAGGUCAGGGAGAGCUGCAGCAUGCCAGUGCAGUUUUUCGCAGAGGAAUUCAAAACCAAGCUGAACCUAAAGAUCUACUGCAACAACAAUACAGGUUAUUUCAGGCACGUGUCACUGAAACCCAUUUGCCAGCUCAAGCUAGAAACUCAGAACCUCUGCACAAUGCUCAGAUUUUAAACCAAAUGACAACAUCAAAAUCAAAUCCAGGAAAUAACUCAGCCUGUGUUCCUAAGAAUCAG